AUGUCUCGCAACGAGAUGGGCCCUCCGGCCAAAAGGCACAAGGGCUUUGGACACCUCCCUGCAGGCCUGCGCGACGCAAAACGGAAGGACAUUGACAAUUGGGAAACCAAUCGAAUGCUUACUUCUGGUGUAGCGCAACGACGAGACCAUGAGGGCGACUUCAUGCCCGAAGAUGAAGAAGCGACUCGCGUGCAUUUACUCGUCCACGAUCUCAGGCCGCCUUUUCUCGACGGUCGUACGAUCUUCACGAAGCAACUGGAGCCGAUCUCCGCUGUUCGGGAUCCGCAAAGUGACAUGGCGGUAUUCAGUCGGAAAGGAAGCAGGGUCGUUAAUGAGCGCCGGCAGCAGCGAGAACGACAAAAGCAAGCACAGGAGGCGACAAAUAUGGCCGGCACAGCUCUGGGGAACUUCAUGGGCAUCAAAGAGGACGAAGGAGACAGCGCUGUCGCUGUGCCCAUCGAGGAUACCUACAAAGGAGGAGGAAACAAAUUUGCCAGACAUAUGAAGAAAGACGGCGGCUCUAGCGCUUUCAGCAAUAGCAAGACCAUGCGCGAACAGAGAGAGUAUCUGCCCGCCUUUGCCGUGCGAGAGGAUCUUAUGAGAGUCAUUCGGGAUAACCAAGUUGUGGUGGUCGUUGGGGAGACCGGAUCUGGGAAAACCACCCAGCUCACUCAAUUUCUACACGAGGAUGGCUAUUCUAAGUUCGGUAUGAUCGGAUGCACGCAGCCUCGCCGUGUAGCUGCUAUGAGUGUCGCUAAGCGAGUCAGCGAGGAGAUGGAUGUUGAGCUCGGUGGACUCGUCGGAUACGCUAUCCGUUUCGAGGAUUGUACGAGUGAUGACACGUUGAUCAAAUACAUGACGGAUGGUGUAUUGCUGCGGGAGUCUCUCACCCAAAAGGAUCUCGACAAAUACUCAUGUAUCAUUAUGGACGAGGCACACGAAAGAGCCUUGAACACUGACGUCUUGAUGGGUCUUCUUAAGAAAGUCCUGACCCGCCGCAGAGAUCUGAAAUUGAUCGUGACCUCAGCAACAAUGAACUCUGAACGAUUUUCGCGCUUCUUUGGCGGUGCCGCAGAAUUCGUCAUUCCCGGCAGAACCUUCCCUGUUGAUCUUCACUUCUCGCGCACACCCUGUGAAGAUUAUGUCGAUAGUGCGGUCAAGCAGGUCUUGGCCAUUCAUGUGUCUCAGGGCGCUGGUGAUAUUCUUGUCUUCAUGACUGGCCAGGAAGAUAUCGAGGCAACCUGCGAGCUGGUCGAAGAAAGGCUGAAGCAGCUGAAUGAUCCGCCGAAACUCAGCGUUCUACCCAUCUACAGUCAAAUGCCGGCCGAGCAACAGGCAAAGAUCUUUGAGAAGGCCGCCCCGGGCGUGCGCAAAGUAAUUGUGGCUACGAAUAUUGCUGAGACAAGUCUAACGGUCGACGGUAUCAUGUUCGUUGUGGAUGCAGGUUACUCAAAGCUGAAAGUGUACAACCCGCGCAUGGGUAUGGACUCUCUCCAGGUCACCCCGAUUUCCCAAGCCAAUGCAAACCAGCGAUCUGGACGUGCUGGGCGGACUGGGCCGGGCAAGGCCUAUCGUCUAUAUACGGAAACAGCCUACAAGAACGAGCUUUACAUUCAAACGAUCCCUGAGAUUCAGCGAACCAGUCUUGCCAAUACCAUACUGUUACUGAAAUCCCUUGGUGUGAAGGACCUUUUGGACUUCGACUUCAUGGAUCCUCCCCCACAAGAGACAAUCUCUACCUCUCUUUUCGAGCUCUGGUCGCUGGGUGCUCUGGACAACCUGGGUGAUCUUACAUCUCUAGGACGUCGCAUGACACCAUUCCCCAUGGAUCCCCCUCUUGCCAAGCUCAUAAUCAUGGCCUCCGAUGUAUACGAGUGCAGCGAGGAAAUGUUAACCAUCGUCGCAAUGCUUUCGGUUGCAAAUGUCUUUUAUCGUCCCAAAGAACGACAGGAGGAAGCCGAUUCAGCCCACGAGAAAUUCUUCGUUCCAGAAUCCGAUCACUUGACCCUUCUCCACGUUUAUACUCAAUGGAAAACCAACGGUCACUCAGAUGCCUGGUGCAUCAAGCACUUUUUGCACUCCAAAACCCUCCGCCGCGCCAAGGAGGUCCGAGACCAACUUCACGACAUAAUGAUCCAACAAAAAAUGCCCCUCGUCAGCUGCGGUACAGACUGGGACUUGAUCCGCAAGUGCAUCUGUUCGGGCUUCUUCCAUCAAGCCGCAAAACUAAAGGGCAUUGGCGAGUUCAUUAAUCUCCGCACCAGCGUGACUAUGGCGCUCCAUCCCACCAGUGCCCUUUACGGUAUCGGCCAAGUGCCCGAGUACGUCGUCUACCACGAGUUAAUCCUGACGUCCAAGGAAUACAUGUCCACAGUGACAGCCGUUGACCCUCAUUGGCUCGCCGAACUCGGUGGCGUAUUCUACUCCGUUAAAGAAAAAGGCUACUCGCAGCGCGACCGCCGCGUGACAGAAAUCGAGUUCAACAAGCGCAUGGAAAUCGAAGAGCAGAUGGCAGCUGACCGUGAACGUGCUGCUGCCGAGAAAUUGCGCGAGCAGGAACGCAACGACCCAGCCCGCCGCAGAACGGAAAUCGAGGUUGGCGGAAAGUCCGUCGUGCGUAAAGCUAUCAUCAAGCCAGGACGCAAGGUCGGCGGUUUGACUGCUUCAUCUUCAUCUUCCUCGCGGCCUGGAGCCAAUAUCGAUGGCGCUCACGAUGGAGGUGGAAGUCGUCCCGGAAGCAGUGUGGUCAAGAGGCCUACGGUGCCUCGGAGGCCAGGACGUGCAUUCUAG